UGCCUGCCCUUCUUCCCGGCGCGUGCGGAGCGGUAGCUGGCUCUUGGUGUGCAGGCGGACGCAUGGAUCCCGCCGGCCGGUGGCAGAAUCUGCCCAGCGGGCCUAGCCUAAAGCACUUAACUGACCCGUCUUACGGGGUCCCGCGGGAACAGCAAAAGCCAGCGUUGCAGGAACUGACUCGGGCUCAUGUUGAGUCCUUCAACUACGCUGUGCGCGAGGGGCUCAGCCACGCAGUGCAGGCUAUCCCUCCCUUUGAAUUUGCUUUCAAAGAUGAGCGGAUCUCUCUUACUAUCGUGGAUGCUGUCAUCAGUCCACCCAUGGUUCCCAAAGGGAACAUCUGCAAAGAGCUCAACAUUUAUCCAGCCGAAUGCCGGGGCCGGAGGAGCACGUAUCGGGGCAAGCUGACCGCUGAUAUCAGCUGGGCAGUGAAUGGAAUCUCCAGAGGAAUCAUUAAACAGUUUCUUGGCUAUGUUCCCAUCAUGGUGAAGUCUAAGCUUUGCAACUUACACAACCUUCCCCCCAAAGCCCUCAUUGAGCACCACGAGGAAGCAGAGGAAAUGGGAGGUUAUUUUAUAAUCAAUGGCAUUGAAAAAGUCAUCCGAAUGUUGAUUAUGCCUCGGAGGAAUUUCCCUGUUGCAGUGAUAAGACCAAAAUGGAAAACCAGAGGGCCUGGCUAUACUCAGUAUGGAGUCUCAAUGCACUGUGUGAGGGAAGAACAUUCUGCAGUCAAUAUGAACCUUCACUACUUGGAAAAUGGCACAGUUAUGUUGAACUUUAUUUAUCGGAAAGAACUGUUUUUUCUUCCUUUGGGAUUUGUACUUAAGGCACUUGUCAACUUCUCCGAUUAUCAGAUUUUUCAGGAGCUCAUCAAAGGCAAAGAGGAGAACUCUUUCUUUAGGAACUCUGUUUCUCAGAUGUUAAGGAUCGUCAUGGAAGAGGGUUGUUCCACACAAAAACAGGUCCUUAACUAUCUAGGUGAACGCUUCAGAGUAAAGCUCAGUCUUCCUGACUGGUGUCCAAAUGAACAAGCCGCAGAGUUUCUGUUCAACCAGUGCAUCUGUAUCCACUUGAAAUCCAAUACUGAAAAGUUUUAUAUGCUUUGUCUCAUGACCCGGAAGCUCUUUGCUUUCGCCAAAGGAGAGUGCAUGGAGGACAAUCCUGAUAGUUUAGUGAAUCAAGAAGUCCUGACGCCCGGUCAGCUUUUCCUCAUGUUUCUGAAGGAAAAAAUGGAAUCUUGGUUAGUGUCUAUUAAAAUAGCUCUAGACAAGAGGGCUCAGAAGACGAAUGUGUCCAUAAACACUGAAAAUUUGAUGAAGAUUUUUAACCUGGGAACAGACCUUACAAAACCAUUUGAAUAUCUUCUUGCUACUGGGAAUCUGCGUUCCAAAACAGGUCUUGGCUUCCUGCAAGAUUCUGGCCUUUGCGUUGUGGCUGAUAAGCUGAACUUCAUACGCUAUCUGUCCCAUUUCCGCUGUGUACACAGAGGGGCCGAUUUUGCCAAGAUGAGGACCACCACGGUGCGCAGGCUGCUGCCGGAGUCCUGGGGCUUCCUGUGUCCUGUGCACACCCCAGACGGGGAGCCCUGUGGCCUCAUGAACCACUUGACCGCUGUGUGCGAGGUCGUCACACAGCGUGUGCACGCGACCUCUAUUCCCGCCUUGCUCUGCAGCCUGGGGGUCACUCCGGUUGACGGAGCUCCACCUCGACCGUACAGCGAGUGCUACCCCGUCCUGCUGGAUGGCGUCAUGGUUGGCUGGGUGGAUAAGGAGCUUGCUCCGGGCAUUGCAGAUUCUCUCCGACAUUUUAAGGUGUUGAGAGAAAAAAGAAUUCCUCCCUGGAUGGAAGUGGCCCUUAUCCCCAUGACAGGAAAACCAAGUCUCUACCCGGGAUUAUUCCUGUUUACCACUCCUUGUAGACUGGUGCGGCCUGUGCAGAACUUGGAAUUAGGCAGAGAAGAACUAAUUGGAACUAUGGAGCAGAUCUUCAUGAACGUUGCCAUCUUUGAGGAUGAGGUUUUGGCAGGAGUUACCACUCACCAGGAGCUCUUCCCUCACAGCCUGCUGAGUGUGAUCGCCAACUUCAUCCCUUUCUCCGAUCACAACCAGAGUCCUCGGAACAUGUACCAGUGCCAGAUGGGGAAGCAAACCAUGGGCUUUCCACUUCUCACUUACCAAGCUCGGUCAGAUAAUAAACUGUACCGUCUUCAGACUCCACAAAGCCCUUUAGUAAGACCAUACAUGUAUGAUUAUUAUGACAUGGAUAACUAUCCAAUUGGGACAAAUGCCAUCGUUGCUGUUAUUUCUUACACUGGCUACGAUAUGGAAGAUGCCAUGAUCGUGAAUAAGGCCUCCUGGGAACGAGGCUUUGCCCAUGGAAGUGUCUACAAAUCUGAGUUCAUAGAUCUCUCUGAAAAAAUUAAACAAGGAGAUGAUAGUCUGGUGUUUGGAGUCAAACCUGGUGACCCGCGGAUUUUGCAGAAGUUAGGUGAUGAUGGCUUGCCAUUUAUUGGAGCUCAGCUGCAGUAUGGAGAUCCGUAUUACAGCUACCUGAACCUCAACACCGGGGAAAGCUUUGUGAUGUACUAUAAGAGUAAGGAAAAUUGCAUUGUGGAUAACAUCAAAGUGUGUAGUAAUGACACUGGCAGUGGGAAGUUCAAGUGUAUUUGCAUCACGAUGAGAGUCCCUCGGAACCCAACUAUCGGAGAUAAAUUCGCUAGUCGCCACGGGCAGAAGGGCAUCUUGAGCAGGUUGUGGCCGGUUGAGGACAUGCCUUUCACUGAGAGUGGGAUGGUCCCAGACAUCCUGUUCAAUCCUCACGGUUUUCCCUCCCGCAUGACCAUCGGGAUGUUAAUUGAAAGUAUGGCAGGGAAGUCUGCUGCUCUGCACGGUCUCUGCCAUGAUGCGACACCCUUCACCUUUUCAGAGGAGAACUCGGCCUUAGAGUAUUUCGGCGAGCUGUUAAAAGCCGCUGGCUACAACUUCUAUGGCACCGAGAGGUUGUAUAGUGGCAUCAGUGGGAUAGAACUGGAAGCAGACAUUUUCAUAGGCGUGGUUUAUUACCAGCGUUUACGCCACAUGGUUUCAGAUAAAUUCCAGGUUAGAACCACGGGAGCCAGAGACAAAGUCACGAACCAGCCUAUUGGGGGAAGAAAUGUCCAGGGUGGAAUCCGUUUUGGGGAAAUGGAGCGGGAUGCUCUUUUAGCUCAUGGUACAUCUUUUCUCCUUCAUGACCGCCUCUUCAACUGUUCGGAUCGCUCAGUAGCCCAUGUGUGCGUGAAGUGUGGUAGCUUACUCUCUCCACUGCUGGAGAAGCCACCCCCUUCUUGGUCUGCCACGCGCAACAGAAAAUACAACUGUGCUUUGUGUGAUCGCAGCGACACCAUCGACACUGUUUCUGUGCCUUACGUUUUCCGGUAUUUUGUAGCGGAACUGGCAGCUAUGAACAUCAAGGUGAAACUGGACGUCAUUUAACUUGAUGUGGCCUUUUGGGUUAGGAGAACUCUCAGAUUAAAACCAAAUAUACCUUGAGCUCAGUGAAGAUAUGACUUGGUUACUCUGGAGUGUUUUUCAAGGGUGUUCAAGUUUCCCACCGAGACCUGGCAACUAAGAAUUCAGGAUUUCUGAGUCUGACCAGUAUGGUAACUACUGAAGUUGAUUUUCAAUAUAUUUGUUAAAAAAUUCCACAAGUAUCUUCUUUAAAAAUGAUACACUGAUAGAAGGAUAUAUAGGGAAGUCUUUCCAACCCCAGGGUCUUUGUACCCUACAUUCAGUGGGCAGUGACCAUCGAACAUUGCUCCGUCUAGAACCGAGCAAUCCAGUACAAAUACCACGCAAGUGACAUAUGUAAUUUUAUAUUUGCUUAUAUCCACAUUAAAGUAAAAACCAAAGGUAGCUCUAUUGAAGUGUAAUUGUUACACAAAACUGUGCAUAGUUAACAUGUACAAUUUGAUGGGUUUGAGCAUAUGCAUACACCUGUGAAAUGAUCACCACAAUCGAGGUAAUAAACAUCACUCUCCAAAAGAUUCCUUGUGCACUUUGGGGUUGUGUGUGUUUUUGGUAAAAACACUGAAUUUGAUAUCUACCCUCUUAAUAAAUGUUUAGAUGUACAAUAGAGUAUUGUUAACUACAGGCAAAAUUGACUCGUAUAAGUGGAGCUUUACACCUGUUCAGUAGCAACUCCCCAUUUCCCUCCCACCAGCUCCUGGUAGCCAUCACUCUAGGCUGUGAGUUUGACUCUCUUAUUAGAUACCUCAUAUAAGUGAGAUCAUGCAGUAUUUGUGCUUCUGUGAUGGGCUUAUUUCACUUAGCAUAAUGGCCUUCAGGUUUAUCCAUGUUGUUGCAUAUGGCAGGAUUUCCUUUUUUUAAGGCUGAAUAAUAUUCCUUUUUGUGUGUAUAGCACAUUUUAUUUGUUCAUCUUUUUUUUUUUUUUUUUUAGAUUUUAUUUAUUUGAGAGAGCAAGAAAAAGCACCAGCAGGGGGUGGAGGGGGAAGCAGGGUUCCUGCCAAGCAGGGAGCCCAACGUGGGGCUCGAUCCCAGGACCCCACAAUCAUAACCUGAGCCGAAGGCAGAUGCUUAACCAGUGGAGCCACCCAGGCGCCCCUAUUGGUUCAUCUCUUGAUGGACAUUUAGGUUGUUUCCAUACCUUAGAAAUAAUGUUCAUAUACUGUAUUUAAUAUAGUCAAAAUGCCAUUUCCACAUAUAAUAAGUAACAAUUUAUGGAGAUAUUUUACAUUCUCUUUUCAUACUAAUCUCUCAAAUCCAGUGGCUGUUUUUCUUUGUACAUUUCAUUGUACGUACGUGCUGUCCCCCCGUUGGCGCACAUUUGGGCAGCCCCGUUCUUUGGCUACUGUAAACAGUGCUGGCAUAGAUAACCUUGUAUUCGCUCGUGAAUCAUGCUCUUUGAUGUUAAACUUCACUAAGAUAAUUCUUGAGUCUGGCUUUAGGUGUCUGUUACUAACUAGAAGGCAGAUAGGGCUAGACUGAGAAAAAUGUAUAUCCUGGCUUUGCUUCAUGAAACUGUUGGGGAAAAAAAUAAGGAAAAAUGCCUCAAAUCUAGUGGCUGAUACUUUCACCUACUGUUAGUAGAAUCCUAGCUGAACUUUAGACAGUCUCUGUCUAUCUCACAGUCCCAUAGCUGAGGUAUGUUGUUCCAAGUCUCCUAAUUUUUUUAGGAGCACCAAAAAUGGUAAUAAAUAAAUAAAGUUUGUUUUAACUUUUACUUGUUUUUUUAUUUAAAUUCCAGUUAAUAUAUAGUGUAAUAUUAGUUUCAGGAGUAGAAUUUAGAGAUUCAUCACUUCCAUAUAAUACCCAGUGCUCAUCACAAGUGCCCUCCUUAAUCCCCAUCACCCAUAUACCCCAUCCCCCUGCCCGCCUCCCCUCCAGCAACCUUCUGUCCUCUAGAGUUAAGAGUCUUUUAUGGUUUGCCUCUCUCCCUCCCACCCCUUGCUAUGUUCAUCUAUUUUAUUUCUUAAAUUCCACAUAUUAGUGAAAUCAUAUGUCUUUUCUCUGGCUUAUUUGCUUAGCUUUUUAAAAUUAUAGAUUCACAAAAUUGACAUUGGGACAAUUCACAGAGUUUAGUCCUAUUUCACCAGUUUACACGCACUUGUUUAUAUAUGUGUGUAUAGUUCUGAUCAAUCUUAUCACACUUGUAGAUUGAUGUAACCAACAUAAGACACAACUAAAAACCAUAAGUGACUCUUUUUUUUUUUAAAGAUUUUUUUUUUUUUAAUUUAUUUAUUUGACAGAGAGACAGUGAGAGCAGGAACACAAGCAGGGGGAGUGGAAGAGGGAGAAGCAGGCUUCCCGCCGAGCAGGGAGCCCGAUGCGGGGCUCGAUGCGGGGCUCGAUCCCAGGACCCUGGAUCAUGACCUGAGCCGAAGGCAGACGCUUAACGACUGAGCCACCCAGGUGCCCCGACUCUUAAUCAUAAGAAAUAAACUGAGGGUUGCUGGAGGGGAGCAGGUUGGGGGGAUGGGGUAGCUGGGUGAUGGACAUUAAGGAGGAAAAGUGAUUUAAUGAACACUGGGUAUUAUAUAAGACUGAUGAAUCACUGACCUCUUCCUUUGAAUGUAAUAAUAUACUAUGUUAAUUGAAUUUAAAUUAAAAAAAAAAAAAAGAUGCACAACUAUUCCACACCACAAGGCUCUGCCAUGUUUUCCCUUUAUAGCCAUCCCCAACUCCAUCCCCCAACUUUAACCCCUGGCAACCACUAAUCUAUUCUCCGUCUCAAUCAUUUUGUUAUUUCAAGAAUAUUAUAUAAAUGGAAUCAUACAGUAUGUGACCUUUUGAAAUUGGCCUUUUCCACUCAGUGCAAUUCCCCUGAGUCCACUUAAGUUCUUUUUUUUAAGAUUUUAUUUAUUUAUUUGACAGAGACAGAGACAGCGAGAGCAGGAACACAAGCAGGGGGAGUGGGAGAGGGAGAAGCAGGCUUCCUGCUGAGCCGGGAGCCCAAUGCGGGACUCGAUCCCAGGACCCCGGGAUCAUGACCUGAGCCGAAGACAGUCGCUUAACCAACUGAGCCACCCAGGCGCCCUCCACUGAAGUUCUUGAAUGUAUCUGUAAUUUAUUCCUUCUUACUGUCACUCAGCACUCCAUGAUAUGGAGUUUAUACUUUAUCAUUUGGGUUUGGUUUUUGGUAGAUCAUGCUUUUGGUGUCAUGUCUUUUUUUUUUUUUUUUUAAGAUUUUAUUUAUUUGAGAGAGAGAGAAUGAGAGACAGAGAGCAGGAGAGGGAGGAGGGUCAGAGGGAGAAGCAGACCCCCCGCUGAGCAGGGAGCCCGAUGCGGGACUCGAUCCCGGGACUCCAGGAUCAUGACCUGAGCCGAAGGCAGUCGCUUAACCAACUGAGCCACCCAGGUGCCCUGGUGUCAUGUCUUAAGAACUCUUCAAGCCCAAAGAUUUUAUCAUAAUAUCUUCUAAAUGUUUAUAAUUUUAUGCUGUACAUUUAAAUCUGUGAUCCAUUUAUCCCUUUUGAGUUUAUUUUUUUUUAAGAUUUUAUUUAUUUGACAGAGAGAGACACAGCAAGAGAGGGAACACAAGCAGGGGGAGUGGGAGAGGCAGAGGCAGGCUUCCCGCUGAGCAGGGAGCCCGAUGUGGGGCUCGAGCCCAGGACCCUGGGAUCAUGACCUGAGCCGAAGGCAGACGCUUAACGACUGAGCCACCCAGGCGCCCCUUGAGUUUAUUUUUUUUUAAAGAUUUAUCCCUUUAUUAGAAUGUGCAAGUGGAGGGGGUGGGGUGAGGCAGGCAUAAUCUCCAGCAGACUCCCUGCUGAGCAGGGAGCCCUGAGCAGGGAUUGAUCACAGAACCCUGAGAUCACCACCUGAGCUGAAAUCAAGAGUCCAAAUGCCCAAUGACUAAACCACCCAGGCGCCCCUUGAAUUUAUUUUUGUAUAAGGUGUGAGGUUCAGAUCAAGAUUCUUUUUUUUUUUUGCCAGAGAAUUGGAUGAUAAGUAUCAUUUUGAAUGUUGUGCUGGUAUAACACAAAUCAGUGUAUGCAGUGAAGGGAUAAGGUAUAGACAAGAUACAUAUUUAUACAAAUGGAAUGUUGUUUCAAAACAAAUGUCUUCAAGGGAAGGAUGGAGCUGUAGGUAAAACUGAAUGUUACAUCUAUGAAUGGAAUAUUGCAUAACAGUAUUUUAAAGAAGUAAAUACAAAAUUGAGUGAUAGGGGGCACCUGGGUGGCUUAGUUGUUAAGCCUUCGGCUUGGGUCAUGAUCCUAGGGUCCUGGGAUCGAGCCCCGCAUCGGGCUCCCUGCUCCGUGGGGGGCCUGCUUCUCCCUCUCCCACUUCCCCUGCUUGUGUUCCCUCUCUCGCUGUGUCUAUCAAAUAAAUAAAAGCUUAAAAAAAUUGAAUGAUAGGUUAAUUAUCUGAAUAGUAUAUGGAUAGAUUAAAAACUGCAAUAAAAUAGGGCUGUAUAUUUCUGUAUUGUUUAUAAGUUUCUGUAUUGUUUAUAAGUUUCCUAAUGAAAGAACAGAACUACACACAAGAUGGAAUAAAUAAUUUGUCUCUGUUAAGAAUGUUGAUCCAGAGCGCCUGGGUGGCUCAGUUGGUUAAGCAUCUGCUUUCGGCUCAGGUCAUGAUCCCAGGGCCCUGGGAUGGAGCCCCACAUUAGCCUUCCUGCUCAGUGGAGAGUCUCCUUCUCCGUCUCCCUCUGCUGCUCCCCCUGCUUGUGUUCUCUCUCUCUCUAUCAAAUAAAUAAAUAAAAAUCUAAAAAAAAAAAAAAGAAUGUUGAUCCAACAAAAAUGAAUUGCCCACUGUGGUCCUUGAAACUAACCUGUUUUAUUUAAUGGACACUCCAUACACCCAAGUGGUUGUAACAGGUACUGCAAGAUGUAUUAUACGAAUAGACGUUUCAAGUAUGUGUGGUACUUCUUUUGAUGGUAAGAAGUGUUCCUGUGGGGCAGAUCUACAGUGAGGACAGUGCCAGUGGGUUGAGUAUCUCUGUGGGACCCAGCAGGCACCCCAGCCCAGCCCUGCGGUGUGGGGGAGGCAGCACAGGAUGUGGGGAAGAGCCCACUGCACUGAUGGAAGAGCUGGUCCGGGCAGGAGCGCUUCAGACCCCCUUCCAGCAGGCUGUCCGCACUGCCCUCCCCCUUUGACAGCUAGUCCUGGUGAGCCUUUUCAACUGCAAGCGUUACUGACAAUGAUACAGGGUGCAGCCUGUGGCAAAGGGAUGUAGGCGAAGGCUCCCCCUGGGGUUUUGGCCUUCGUGUCCUUGUAAGAGAACACACAGAGAAGGUGAUGUGAGCGGAGGCAGAGAUGGAAGUAAUGUGUCUACCAGCCAAGGAAUGCCAAGGACUGCCUGUAACCACCAGAAGCUGGGAAACAGGUAUGGGACAGAUUCUUCAGAGCCUCCAGCAGGAAUCUGCCAGCACCUUGAUUUUGGACUUCCGGCUUCCUGAACUGUGAAAAUGCAUGUCUGUUGUUUUAAGCUACCCAGUUUGUGGCAGUUUGUUACAGCAACCUCAGGAAGCCAGUCCCACUGAGGCUUAGCUCCUUACAGAGCACAGAUUAGCAUGGGUUCUAAAUGUGCGAUGCCUCCAUGUGGAUAGAAGAUAAUAUUGAGAUUGGUGAGGAGGCCCAGAUUGGCUGUAAAGAAAACAAGCCACUUAAUUAACCCUUCCCACACUUACUUUUCCUUCCCAAGUGGUGCAGUGUUCUAUUUGAACCAUCAAAUACCACUUCUUGGAGGCAAAGCCAAGAAGUGAGGGCAGUGUCCUCUCUCUGGGACUGGUUUCUGCACACCUCCCUUUCAGCCUGUGGCCCACAGCUCCCGAGGACCUGGAAGAGAUCAGCACUGGGACCCGCUCAUCAGCUGCAGCUUCUGAAUCUGCAUUUCCUACGCCUCAAACCCCAUGAACCUGCCGUGGAUGAGGAAGACACACGCAGUGCUGCGGAGGUGGCCAGGCCCACUGGAAUCUCAGCCUCAGGCAGCCGCCCAGUGCAGGAGGAAAGGAACUGUCCUGGGUGAGCUGUCAAGGUCUUGCCUAAGACCAGUCCCCAGGAGGCAGAAUAGAGCCAAGCAGACCUCAUCACAAGGGCACCGUUCUGCUGCCUCACACCCAUCAUCAGGUAGGAAGGUUGUUAGCUGGUGUUUGUCAGUUCCUCUAGGACAGAGCCAUGGCUUUCACCUCCUCCCAAGCCCUCCCCUCGCCCAGCACCGGAGGGAAGGCAGCACCCUUAAUACAGGCCUGUGUGGACAGCAUGGCAGGACCCAACAAGUGGACCCUUUUCUAAGCCUCACCGGCCCUUGCCUAGACUAACAAAUGGUUGGAAUCCAGACGCAGGAGGAAGGGAUGGGAUUCAUUGCAGUUCCCAGGAAUCCUAAGGCUUUGGGCUCUGGAAGAAUAGAUCUGGGAGGCAUAGGAUCCAGGAGACACUAAUGAGAAAGUGGAAGUUAAGCUUCAAGCAAAGUGUUCAUUUUUCUCUGUCUUUUUUUUUUUUUUUAACUAAGGAGCUUAAUGAGGAGAAAAAAGAAGUCAAGAGCUGGGACACCCCCUCAGAGUCAGAGUAUGUGGUUUCCUCUAACAAAUUUCUGUGCUACUAUCUCCAGAGGAGGGGUGAUCCUGAAGCUCUAGGUCACUAGCCACCUGGCUAGUGAGAAAAGAUGUAAUGUGGCUGGAAAAGCGUGCUCACUGCCGUCCUCAGCUUGGAGAUUUUACAUGUAUUGGGCUCGUCAGGAUUUGCCUCCCACCCAUCAUAUCCUAUAAACUUAAGAUUAAGAGGGAGAGCUUCUAGAAAAGAAAAACCCAGAUGAAGGGGGCAAUGAAGCCACCGAGGGGAGAGAAGGAGCCCUCGGGAGUCCUGGAGACCCUCUCCUAGUCAACGGUACUCCUCUCAUAACACCAUUAGGAAAUCACCAACACACCCAGGCACCAUCCCUUCCUGCCACAUGGCCCCUUCAGGGGAUCAAGGGUCAGGACUCACACUGCUGCCAGCUCACAGAUCAUCUGGUCAAAGUCGUUUCUGUGCUGCCAUUCAUGGCGGCUCUCAGUCUGGCCAGGGAUCGAAGCACUGGACAACUCCCUCCAGGUCACAUUCUACAAGGGCAUCCUCCCACCCACCACCCUGUAUCCACCCAUCAUGCUCCCUGCCCUUCAUCAAAUCUGACAUGCCCCACCUGGAGGGACUAAAUUACGCAAAGACAAAUAUCACAUGAUCUCACUUAUAUGUGGAAUCUAAGUUGAACUCAUGAAAACAGAAUGGUGGUUGGCAGGCCUGGGGUGUGGGGGAAAUGGGGAGAUGUUGGUCAAAUGGUAUAAACUCUAUUAAGAUGAGUAAGUUCUGGAGACCUAAUGUAUAGCAUUAGCCAAUAAUAACAUAUUGUGUACUUGAAAUUUGCUAAGAAAUUAGAUCUUAAAUGACCUUAUCACACAUAAAAAAUGUUAACUACGUGAGCUGAUGGAUAUUAUUAUGGUAAUCAUUUCACAAUGCCUAUGUAUACCAACACAUCCCAUUGUAUACCCUUUUUAGCAGUAUGAAUUUUGGUCUUUUACUUGCUGUUUCCCCAGUUCCUGGCACAUAUAUGGCACUUAAUAAGUAUCAUACGAGUCAAUGAGUGGAUCUCAUUUUAUCCUCACGCAAUCCUGUGAGCAGAUGGUUUCAUUUGUCCCAUUAUGACUCUGCCAGACCCCAUGCUAUGGAGGGGAUCCAGCAGUGACCAUGAGACAGAUACAAGCCAUUCCCUCAUGGGUCUUGAAGAAGGCAGAAAAUAAGCAAAUACAAUAACUAAUUCUGAUAAGGCUAGAAAAAGCAAAGUACAAAGUGCUCCACACCAUAGGCUCUGCAGGCGUCAUUUCAGUCUCUGCUCACAAGGGCAUCCUGAAGCAGCUGUCAUGGAGGAAACUGAAACCCAGAGAGCAGAUUCUGCCCAAGAUCUCCGAUUCAAACCCAGGUCGGCUUCACUCCAUAGGUCUGCCUUGCAUUUGAUCCCUAGAGAGGAAGUUAGUCACUCUGGAGCUAUAGCCCAAAGACAACCUAGAAGCUUGGAGGCACAGGUGUUACACUUCCCAGAGGGGGUGUCUCCUCUUGGGGUCUUCAUCGUACCUACUAAUGAGCCCACGUUUGAACCCCUUCUCUUGAGGAAGCACAUUACAGGGACUUUGAGAUAAGACUCAGGAAGUGCCAAGGGACAGGUUAAGAUUUCACUUUCCCAGGAGAGAAGAAUAUGAGGAUUCAGUCCACAAUUGAAGCCAGAGUGUUCUCUGUCACUGAGGGUGUUCCUUCCCCCGUUCUCCCACCAAAAAUACACACUUGGAAGUUUUUGCAAGAAGGAAGAAUAGGAAGGCUUUGGGUGAAAAGCUUUCCUUCGGUGCGCAUAGCUCCAAACCUACUCCUGUCAUCGGAGGCAGGUUCAGAUGGUCAGUGGGGCAAUCAUACGUCAAGGGCCAACCAGAGCAGCUCACAGUAACAGGCUCCCGUGACAGCUCUCACUUCUCCAGAACUCCUGAGGGUCCAGGCUCUGCCCUAAACUGUUCACAGGCACUAUGCCCUAUGUAAAGGAUCUCACUAUCAUCAUCCCCAUUUACAGAUGAGCACACGGAUACUCCAAAUAGCUGUCACUUGCUCACAAAUAGCUCUUGUUCCUCAACACUAUGAUGAAGUGCAUUUUAUGUUAAUUUUGGCUGGAGUCUGGGAAGACAUCCACAUACUAGAUGGCUGGGCUGAUGCUUAGUUUCUCUCUGAUCAUGGGAUACUCGCGCCCACCCUCACAGAGGGGAAAACGCACCCCCAGGCCUCACACUGGAGGACAGAUCAAGAGAUGGAAACGGUACCCCACCAGGAGGAACUAGAAUUACACAUGCCCAUAAUCACGUGGAGCCAAUAUUAACACUCAAGUCCGGCCUGGCCGCAGGGCUUAUGCCAAGAAGGAGGGGGCCUGGUCUGGGUAACCCAGGCUAAGCCGAAGGGACGUCCAGGCCGGUUGGUCCCACUCUUGCGGUGACCCCCUUCCCGCGGCUCCGCGCGCGCGCACGAACCAGCAUCCCGAGAGGACGGGGAGCGCCUGCGCAAGACAGAGGUGGCUAGGCGUCAGGCUCCUAGUCCCCGCGCCCAGCAGCCGGCAGCCACGGCGCCCAACCCGGCCACAGCAUCCGCUCGCCACCAGCUCCGGGCGGGCAGCUAGGAUAGAAGCGCGUGCUGCGGCGUCCACCCCUUAUUCCCGGCGCACUCCGCCGGGGCCAAGGCAAACCGGAUGUAGAAAGAGGUAGAGCAACCGAACCGAAUGGGGGCCUGCGAUGACUGCGCAGGCGCCGCCACGACAGGCGGGGCCGGAAGGAGAGACAGGGCGCCGCCAUGACAGGUUGGGCCUGAAGGGAAUGGAACGGGCCGCUUGGCGGCUCUGCGACCGGAAAAAAACGAGGCAAGGACAGCGGAGUUGGGCGCCGCCAUGACAACCUGUACCGGAAAAGGCGGGACUCUCCUCCCUGACUGAUUCCCUACCGGCAGCGGCCUGGAGAUCCCAAUCAUCCGUCAGAUCCGCCAGGCCUGUGCUGAGCCUUUUGAGGCCUUUGAGGAGUGUCUUCGACAGAAUGAGGCAGCCGUGGGCAACUGUGCAGAGCAUGUGCGCCGCUUCCUUCAGUGUGCCGAGCAGGCAAAGCCACUUCCUGCCUCCUGAAGACUCUUUGAACCAUAGGAAAACUGGACCUGAGCGACUGGCCAUUUGAUGCCCCCACGCCUGAAGAGUGGCCAGGUGGAGUCAUGAGGGGCCUGGAUGGGAGUCUGGCUUCUCUGGACAGCAGGACUCACAAUAAAUAAAGACUCUGUAUACCA